AUGCUUAGGGGCUCGCAAAAGGGAGCCGAACCCCCCGCCACCCCUCGGAACCGCCCGAGCUGCCCGCAUGGGGGAGCGACCACAGCCCCCGCCUCGCCUCAGCCGUUAACUGUCCCGAGCACGUGCCAGGUGGAGCUGGAGAGGCGCCGGCGGGACUCGGCGGCCCUGAGGAGAGCGGCGGAGGAUCUCGCUGAGGGGAAAAGCAACAUGACGGAUCCCGAAAGAGACCGGCUCCUGGAGAAAAUACUUUCGCUUGAAACAGAAAAAGAGCAAAACAACCGCAUUCUUGGACAGAAGGACAAAGAAAUCCAAAAUCUAAAAGACAAGCUGAAGUCCAAAAACAAAAGCAGUGAAGUAUCCUCAUUACUUAGUCAACUAGAGGAAAAAACAAAGGAAGCAGAAAAGAGAGAACAACUACUAAAUUCUUUGUCAGAGGAAAUGGACCGGUUAAAGUGCAACUUAGCUGCUGUUACUGCAAAAUGUUCAGAGCUUGAAAACAGAGCCGGGACUUUUCAGCCAUCCCAGGAAGCUGUGAUGGACAGCACUGGAUCACCAACUAAUCUUAAUGAAGUUGAAAACCAACUGAAAGAUGCUCUUGAGAAAAACCAGCAGUGGCUCCUGUAUGACCAGCAACGUGAAGCAUAUGUCAGGGGAUUGCUAGGCAGGAUCUUUGAACUUGAACAGAAGUCAGAAGUAGUUUACCACCAGCAUGCAACAGAAGCCAAUGCGGAAGGUCUUCUACAGGAAAAGCAAAAGUAUUAUGACCAACUGUUACUAACUGCUAAAAGUGAUCUUGAGACUGAACGACGCACUAUAACCCUACUGAAAUCUGAACUUAAUGAAUUAAAAACGAAGUAUGAAGAAACACAAAGAGAAAUAAUGAGUUUAAAUGCCUUGCUGCAGUCACAACAGGUUGUUGAAGUGAAGACUCUAGAAAAUGAAAAUAAAAUCAAAGGUGAUAAACUGCAGAGGCUGAAAGAAGAAAAUGAAGUUAUUAAAGGACAGCUUAGAGAAGAAAAGAAAAAGUCUGAUGAUCUUUUAUCUCAGGUACAACUUCUUCGUAAAUCACUGCUUAAGCAGCAGGAGGAACACACUAGGAUAGCUUUGUUGGAACAACAGAUCCAGAUAUGUACCACAGACUUUGAGAAUGAAAAGCUGGAUCGCCAGAAUUUGCAGCAUCAGUUGAACAAAGUUCUUAAGGAGCUGCGCAAGGCCAGAGAACAAAUAACCCGUCUAGAACCUGUGAAACUCCAGGAGUCUGGACGUAUGGAACCACAGGAACGUUUGCAAGCAGCAUUUGAAGAGAAGAUGACAGUAUAUGACACAAGUCCUUCCCUGAAACGUUCAAAUCUCCUUGAUGAAAGUUUUCUUGAGUGUCCUAGAUGUAAAAUGCAGUACCCGACAAGCCAACACAGAGAAUUACUAGCACAUAUUGACUUUUGUACAGCCUGAACUCAAAACGGAUUUACCAUAUUUGC